CUGCCCCCAGGUUUCAAAACGGUUCAAUAAAAAAACCCUUAAAACCAUACUUUGCAUCCCCUUUCAAUUAUACUGCUCCUAGAAUUCUCUUCUGAACUCGUACGCAUCAAUAACAAUGCCGGGUAUUGUGAAAAUCCCAAAUAAUGGAGCCAUGGAUUCCACAAAGAAGAAGCGCAAAAGAAAUAGAGACAAAAAGAAACAAAAAAAAUCCACACCAGAAAAUUCAGAACGCGAAGAAGAGAAUAAGGAGUACUUGAAAAAAGGAGGCAGCGAUGAAGGGGAGGAAAUUGGAGAGCAGAAAGAAGAAGAAGAAGAAGAAGGAUUUGGAGAGAAGAAGAAAAAAAGCAAGAAAAUAUUGAAGACGGAGCACAAAGAGGAGAAGGAAGAAGAGGAAAGUGGAAAAGAAGAGAAGGUGAAGAGAGAGAAGAUGAUACGAAGUAAUUCUGGGAUUAUGAGUACGGAGACAUUUGCAUCGCUGGGUUUAUCCGAGCCCACCAUGAAUGCCAUCAAGGACAUGGGUUUUCAGUACAUGACUGAGAUCCAAGCCCGGGCAAUUCCACCGCUUAUAGGAUUUGAAGAUGUUCUUGGAGCUGCAAGGACAGGUUCUGGCAAAACCCUUGCGUUUCUGGUACCAGCUGUGGAGUUGUUGUAUCGAGGCAAUUUCAAGCCUCGCAAUGGGACUGGCAUCCUUGUCAUUUGCCCGACCAGGGAGUUGGCCAUACAGACACAUGCUGUGGCAGAAAACCUUCUCAAGUAUCAUUCACAGACUGUUGGAUUAGUAAUGGGUAGUGGCCCACGAAGAAAAGAGGUAGAGCGCAUUAUCAAAGGAGCUAAUCUUUUAGUAGCAACACCCGGCCGUCUUCUUGACCAUCUUCAAAAUACUAAAGGCUUCAUAUAUAAAAGCUUACAGUGCCUCAUGAUUGAUGAAGCUGAUAGGAUUUUGGAAGAAAAUUUUGAAGAAGAAAUGAAGCAGAUCAUUAAAAUUUUGCCAAAGAAGAGACAAACGGCUCUUUUCUCUGCUACACAGACUAAGAAGGUUGAGGAUCUUGCGCGUGUAUCAUUUCAGAAAACUCCUGUCUACAUUGAUGUGGAUGACGGAAGGAAGCGGGUCAUCAACGAAGGGCUGCAGCAAGGCUUCUGUAUUGUCUCAAGUGCCAAAAGAUUUGUUCUUCUGUAUUCCUUCUUGAAGAGGAAUCUGUCAAAGAAAGUGAUGGUCUUUUUCUCAUCACGCGAUUCUGUCAAAUUUCAUUCAGAACUUCUUAGAUACAUUCAGAUUGAUUGUUUUGAUUUACAUGGAAAGCAAAAGCAGCCGAAACGAACUUCCUCAUUUUUUAAUUUUUGCGAAGCGGAGAAGGGUAUCUUGUUAUGUACCAAUAUAGCUGCACGUGGUCUUGAUAUUCCUGGUGUGGAUUGGAUUGUACAGUAUGAUCCCCCAGAUGACCCUAAGGAGUAUAUCCAUAGAGUUGGUCGAACUGCGCGUGGGGAAGGUGCAGAAGGGAAGGCCCUUCUUUUCCUUAUUCCUGAGGAGUUGCAGUUUCUUCAGUACCUUAAGGAUGAAAAAGUGCAUGUGAAAGAGUAUGAAUUUGAUGAUAAGAAGAUUGCAAAUGUGCAAUCCCACCUGGAAAAGCUGGUUUCAAACAAUUAUUACUUGAAUAAGUCGGCUAAAGAUGGAUACAAAUCUUACAUACAAGCUUACAAUUCACAUUCUAGGAAGGAAAUCUUUAAUGUUCACCGACUUGACCUGCAGGCUGUAGCUGCUUCAUUCUGUUUAUCAUCUCCUCCCAAAGUAAACUUGAACAUAGACAGUAGCGCAUCAAAAUUCAGGAAGGUGAAAAGAGUUGAAGGCAGACGAAAUGGGUUCAGCGAGAAAAAUCCAUAUGGUAGGAAAGGCGACACGAGACAAUCUAUCAGAUACUAGGAUGAGGUAAUUUGUAGAUACAUGAUACUUUGCUCGUCAGUUUUGAAAUGAGGUUUUUACUUUUGAGCAUUUAAUUCUUUGAGACUAGAAUCCCAAUUUUUUUUCAACUGACAGUAUCAUAUUCAUUACCAUAAAACUAGACAGAACUGCCUGAUUUUGUUUUGUUCCUUUUGUUUUAUAAUACUCUAUCUGCAUGUUUAAUAUGCAAUAUUAUGGA